GGACAAAGUGGCUCGGUUACUUUCGGUUAAUCCUCCUGAGUCCUGGCCUUGCAUCCCCCCUUUCCCCCUUGUUGAUUCAAUUAGGAUAAAGCUUCUUCCAGAUUUUUGCCCAUUCAUGUUAUACUUCCUAGUCAUUGCAUCCAAGGAGUCAGCGGUAUUAUUCACGCACCGCUUCAAUCCCCAGCUCUGUCCUUGUCAUCCUGCUGGUCUGGCAUCAGUAAUUGAAAAGUGUAUGGUGGACUCAAGAACUGAGAAACCUGAAAACUUUGUGGAGGAUACCAACGAGAGUCGUACUCUGGUGUAUCGCUGGUUUGGUGCUUGUAUGCUCAUCGCCUCUGCGGAUUCUGAUGAUAACUUACUACAAGUCUACGAGUUUCUGAAUUUAUAUUUGUCAGCCUUGAGCCAAUACUUCCCAAAUCUUUCACGUCAUACCAUCAUUCAAAAUCCUGCCAAACUACACAUUGUCCUGGAGGAAAUGGUAAUUGGUGGUGUCAUUGUUGAAACUUCACCUGCACAUGCUCUCAGUAUUGUCAGAUUGCUGGAUGACAUCAAUGUGUGA